AUGUUUAGAACUUCUGAUCUUUCUCAUGUUAAACAACCAGUAUUUCAAUUAUUGAAGACGUCAGUUAGAUGGACACACGAGUAUGCUCCGAGAUUUACAUUUCAAAGUAAGAAACAAAAAGGAAGAGUUGCUGUACGUACAGGUGGUUCAACAAAAGGUUCUACUCUACAAUUUGGUACAUAUGGUAUUCGUUUAAAGUCCGAAGGUACAAGGAUGAAAGCACAGCAAUUGAAAGAGGCAGAUAAUGCUUUGAUGAGAUAUGUUAGACCCUUGAACAAUGGUAUGUUAUGGAGGCGUCUUGUUACAGAUAUUGCUGUUUGUAUCAAAGGUAAUGAGACCAGAAUGGGUAAAGGUAAAGGUGCGUUUGAUCAUUGGAUGGUUCGUGUCCCGACAGGUAAAAUUCUAUUUGAAAUGUAUGGUGAUAAUCUUCAUGAAAGAGUGGCUCGUGAAGCUUUUAGAAAAGCUGGCACAAAACUACCCGGUGUAUUUGAAUUUGUAUCCAGAGAAUCACCUAUUAGGGUUGGUUUGAACGAUUUUAAAGAAACAAAUCCUAAAAGGGAGAUUAAAGUAGAUCCAUUAUCCAAAUUAUCUCAAAGAUCAAUCAAAAAACGUAUAAACAUUCUGAAAUCUCAAGAAGAUCAAUAUAGAUUAUACAGGGGUCGUUAG